CGCUGCAAUCGCGUCGAGCAACGAACAGCGCGAACAGUGCUUCAGCAGCUGUCGAGGCCGAAUAGUUGGCCUCGUCAACCCCUGAUCUGACCGCCUUCUCACUUUUUUUUCUCCCUCCGGUUUCGACACCCUGAUCGUGCCGCUCGGUCGCGGCCAAAUUACGACGGCAACCGCGGACAACGGGCGUCAAUCGUCGUAGGACGUGCCAGGAUACCAAAAGCAACAUGAGGCGUUCGAUUGUCCUCGCCUUUUGCCUAUUGGUCAUUCUCGGUUUUUAUGGUAUAAAUGCAAUAGAAUGUUAUCUUUGCAACAGUCACAAUGACAGUCGAUGCGCCGACGAUCAACCACCUGAUGCCCUGAAAAAAGAUUGCUCCGAUCUGAAGGACGGCGCGAAAUAUACUAUGUGCCGGAAGAUUACGCAAGUCAUUGAGUUUAGCGUUAACGGACUUCCGCCUGACACUCGAGUCAUAAGAGGGUGUGGAUGGUACGAGUCGAACUACAAAGGAAAAUGCUACCAAAGAAGCGGUUUCGGUGGCCGCCAGGAAGUCUGCUCGUGUUUGACAGACUAUUGCAACACGGCAACACCGAAUGUCCUACCACCGAUACCUUUGAUACUGUCGUGUAUCUUCGGCAGUGUUCUGGUAGCACUCAUCCGUAAUUAGUUUUGACAAAUCUACCAUACUCCUGAACAAUCGACGAAGAGAUGCGUGCUGGAUCGUUAGUACCUGCAAGCAGCUUCGACUUCGCGUUCCCAAUAAACGAAAGUGAACGAAACGAAAAGUUUCAGAGGAAGUACUUCUUACGUACGUUCGUCGCGAAUGGGUAAAGUGUGUAGAACAAGCGAAACGCAACGUUCUGAUAAAGAAUUUUUGCGUUACAUCUCCAAAACGAAGGAAAAAACAAAUGCUGGCGAUCUCGAUAUACUCGAACGAAAGGAAUUCUCAAUGAGAACGUGUUUCAUUCCAGAGACAAUGCAGUGGCUUCCUCCUGUGUCAUUGGUUGAAGAUUAUCACAGUUCUAGAUCUAAUCGUGAACGCUGUUUCUGAUUGCCUGAAUAUUUUCAAAUGGAACGUAUCGAGGAAGAAAAUUCACAUUGAUAACAUACAUUGUUAGUCGUUACAUAAACGACACAAGUUUGGAUAAAGAUUCAUCCCGGGGAAAGAUUAUCGAAGACGAUAGGUAAAGAUACAGCUUGAAGAGAAGGAAAGAAAUAUUUUGGUCGAGGAAUGUUUGCCCAGAAUUAGCUGAUUUUUAUACGCGACACACUCUGCCAUGGUGUGAUUUAUUCGAAAUUUUCAUCGAAAAGUAAUUACGUUUCUCUCGGAUAAGUUUCCACCAGAAAACUGUACAAGGUUUCAGGAACGGUGCGAUUUUUUGGUACUUUUUAGCGAAACGUCGAACAGCUUGGCGAGCACUCGAUCAUGCAACAUUCUCCUUGGAAAUCUCCAAUUUAGGUGCUGAAAGUGUGACGAUAGUCACGUUGUGUUCACUCGACAAUUUUCUGCGUAGAGCUUAAGAAUGAUAUUACACAUGUAACAAUAAUUAUGCAAUUUGUUGAAAGUCUAUAUGUUGUGACAACAUUUUCGCAAUAAAACAUCUGUACAAUAUGUUUUUCUGCGAAACAAGGGAAAUAUAUCAGGGUUGUCUU